CCCGUGACGCGCUGUGCGUAGCCGCCGGCGGGCGCGGGGCGGCGGCAGCUCGUGCCGGAGCGGGGCGAGCCGCGGCGCUUGGCGGCGGGCGGCAAUGGGGACGCAGGGGGCCGGGCGGAAGCGGCUCCCCAACCGGGAGCGGCUGACGGCGGAGGACGAUGCGCUCAACCAGAUCGCCCGGGAGGCUGAAGCAAGGCUUGCAGCAAAGCGAGCCGCACGAGCUGAGGCACGGGAGAUCCGAAUGAAAGAACUUGAGAGGCAGCAGAAGGAGAUCUAUCAGGUCCAAAAGAAAUAUUAUGGUCUGGAUACAAAGUGGGGUGACAUCGAGCAGUGGAUGGAAGACAGUGAGCGUUAUUCUCGUAGAUCCAGAAGAUAUGCCUCGGCUUCAGAUGAAGAUGAGCGCAUGUCAGUGGGUAGCCGUGGAAGCCUGAGGUCUGACUUGGAGUAUGCCAGUGCCUAUCCAGUGGCUGGAUUAGAAAAUGAGAGGCCCAAAAAGAAGAACUCCAAUACAACAAAUGGUUAUGAUGAAGACAUGUAUGGAUCAUCCCAGAGUAGAAAAUCUAGCAGGAGCUCCAACUACAGCGGGGAGAGCAGAAAAUCUACAAAGAAGCCAUCCAGGGAGGAGAAGUUGCCUUCCUUGCUGUACAGUGAUGUUCUGCCUGCCAGAAGUUACAGGGCGUCUCUGUAUGAUGAGAGCAUUUACAGUGGGAAUCAUCGAUAUAGUGCCUCUAGUUCUCGUGCUCCGUCGGAGUACAGCUGCUACCUCGGCUCCGGAUCUCGGGCAUCUUCUAGAGCCAGCUCUGCUCGGGCAAGUCCAGUGGUUGAAGAAAGGCCAGAAAAAGACUUUGAGAAGGGAGCUCGUACUGUGUCAAGCUUAUCAGCAGCUACGCUAGCCUCUCUGGGUGGAACUUCCUCCCGGAGAGGCAGUGGGGACACCUCCAUCUCCGUUGAUACUGAGGCAUCCAUUAGAGAAAUAAAGGAUAUCAAUGAGUUAAAGAACCAGAUUCAGGAUGUAGAAGGCAAAUACAUGCAGGGACUGAAAGAAAUGAAGGACUCCCUAGCAGAAGUUGAAGAGAAAUAUAAAAAGGCUAUGGUGUCUAAUGCACAGCUAGACAAUGAGAAAACAAACUUCAUGUACCAAGUAGAUACCUUGAAGGAUGCAUUGUUAGAGUUAGAAGAACAGCUGGCAGAAUCCAGGAGGCAAUAUGAAGAGAAAAGCAAAGAAUUUGAGCGGGAAAAGCAUGCUCAUAGCAUAUUGCAGUUUCAGUUCACAGAAAUCAAGGAGACCCUGAAGCAAAGAGAAGAAAUGCUCGAGGAAAUCCGACAGCUACAACAGAAACAGGAGAACUAUAUCAGGGAAAUUUCUGAUCUUCAGGAGACGAUAGAGUGGAAAGACAAAAAAAUAGGGGCGUUAGAGAGGCAGAAAGAGUUCUUUGAUUCCAUAAGGAGUGAGCGGGAUGACCUCAGAGAUGAGGUGGUUGUGCUGAAGGAACAACUGAAGAAACAUGGAAUAAUCCCAAAUUUGGAAGUAGCCACCAAUGGAGAGGCUUUAGAUGGUCUCAAUAAUGAAGGAUACUCAGAUUCUACCAAGGUUACUCCAGGGGCGACUCAGACCUUACAGACAGUUGGGGAUGGGACACUAGACAGACUGAAAAAGCUCAUUGGUGAACGAGAAUCCUUGCUAGAACAGAUUAAAACACUAAAAGGACAACUGGAAGAGAAGCAGAAGAAUGACAAGAUGGAGAAUAUGCAGUCUGAAGAUGAAGUUCUUGAGAAUGGGACAGAUAUGCACAUGAUUGAUCUCCAAAGAGAUGCCAACAGACAGAUCAGUGACCUCAAAUUUAAACUUGCAAAGUCUGAACAAGAGAUAACAACUCUGGAGCAGAAUGUAAUACGGUUGGAAGGUCAAGUAGCUCGAUACAAAUGUGCUGCUGAAAAUGCUGAAAAAAUAGAAGAUGAAUUGAAAGCUGAGAAACGCAAACUCCAAAGAGAGCUUCGCUCAGCAUUGGAUAAAACUGAAGAGCUUGAAGUUAGCAAUGGCCAUCUAGUGAAACGGCUGGAGAAGAUGAAGGCCAAUCGAAGUGCUUUACUAUCUCAGCAAUAAUAGCCAGCCUUCACUGAAAACUACUACUUGAUGGAAUGAGAACAACAUUGGAGAAGCUUGUCUUUUGCUGUUUGGGAUGCUUUAUCAUCAUGCCUCCAGAGAACAAAAAAAUCCCCAAACACGUGCAGUCAUUUGCUAUAUGCCACCAAACUGUGGUUCUCUCUACGCAGAUUCAAUCCUGCUGCACUAUAUACAUAGGAGUAGCUGAUCCAAAUGGCUGUGCCUGUAGAUGUCUUUCCACUCUGUAUGUUUGGUACAUUUGCAGUACAGUACCUGUAUACCAUUUAACAAUCACACCGGUCAUCGUGUUAGUUCUUCAUCCUGAAAGGCACAGCAGCCAUUUUUUUGCCAUUUAAAAUGGUGUUAAAAAUAAAGAUUAAACUGGGACUUGACUUUUGUCUUGCUGAAAUUUGGGGGGGCGGGGCGGCGGGAAAGCUGUAAUUUUUGGACUUCUCAUGGCAGUAUCUGAAAUUUAGUGACUACAGUAGUAUAUUCAUAGUAGCCUGUUGAUUAACAAAACACUGUGGAACCACAAGCCAUUACAAAGCGAAACUCCUUCAGUGGAAACCAUGGAAGAUGAUGGUCUUGGAAGCAAAAGUGACCUUAAAUGACUUUGCCAAUAAAACGAAGGUGAUUGGAAGGAUUUUUUCACCAGUUCAAUCAUAAGACUAUUUUAUUUCAGGGUGAAUAGGCAAUAGCUUCACUGAAUUACAGCUUUUUAUGUGUAUUAUUUAAUCCCUAUAUUUGGAAUUGAAGUAAACUACUUCUUUUAAAGGAUGUAAUAAUGUUGCAUAAAUAAACCAGAGUAAGGCCAUGUUUUAAAAAAGGUGGAUUGCAUUUAAGUCAUUUCACUACAGUUGUCAAAGCAAAUAUAAUUGAUUUAAACAAAAUGAGUGAAGGGUUCUUCUACAUCAGGAAUCACCUAGCAGUACUUGAGCUGUUAGGAAUCUGUGUGCUUCUACAAAAGAUACACCAGUCUAAUUUUUGAUAAGUAGCUGAGAAGUAAAAGAAGCACUUUAGAAUACAUUGCUACAUACAUUUUUCUACAAGUUCUGUAAUUGCAAAACUGUUCCUGGGGUCUUUUAUAAAACACUUUUCUACUGGAAAAAGAAAACAUAACUAAUUAAAAUAUCCCAGGCAGUUUUCACAAUCUAGUGACUCACAGUUAGCAUUACAGCUCUGCUUCAUUAGAACAGAUUUAUAAUGUUGAAUUCAAAGCAGUUAUCUGAGAAAUAAAGCCCAGCAAUUUGUCCCCCAUCCAGAGAAAUUUUGUAGUACAUAAGGAAUGCAGAUGAUUAUUGUACAAAACUCCCAAAGACUCUGUUCCAGAUAUAAGAUUAGAUAUCUCUUCAACAGAAAUAAUUUUGCGUGAAUGCUGACUGUUCCAGAAUCCCUUCACUUCUGUUGCUUGCCACCUACUUGCCAAAUUCAGGGUCAAGAGGCCAAAUUUCUCCUUAACCUCAGUUUUAGGUUUCUGGUCCACAUACUAUUCUUGCUUCUCCCUCCAUAUUUAGAAGUUAGAAUACAGGAUGCUGCUGUUGUCCACUAAAGGAAGUAUUGCUUAUCUCUAUGCUUAAUUCCCACCAAAGGUCAGAAAAAAUGUUAACUGAAUGUGGUUUCUCUGGCUAGAGAAGGAACACUCCUCAUUCCAUCUGAAUGAAUUCAGGCAUCUGGCUUACCAUCAGUGGGGAAGGAGUAGGUCAGUGUUUUGGAAGAGGGAGUUGGGAGGAGGAGACUUCUGUGGUCCUAGAGAAAUCAGAGAAAUGUAGGGCUGGAAGGGCCCUCAAGAGGCCAUACCCCUGCACUAAGGCAGGAUUUAAGUAUACCUAGACCAUAAUUUCUUGCCCUACUCAAUCGGAUAUAGAGCUGUAUAGUGGGUAAAAGGACUCUCUUAAAUGAAAUCUCCACCUCCAACUGAACUUUUAGGCAAGACUCUUCAGAUGCAGAGCCAGGUUUCUUGCUGAAUACGUCAAACUAGAUGUAGAAACCAGAUUUGCAACUACCUGUGACUUUUAUAAUUUCUGGUGUAUAGAGCCUCUAGUGUCUACAAAAUACAAUGAAGUUUUUUUAUUAAAAUAAACAUACCAUAGUAUUUUAUUAAAGGAUUAAGUUGUGUGAUUGAUUGCCGCUUGGCAUCUCUUCUUGUGGUAGCGGUGAAAAUACUGUCUUGUGGCAAAAAUCAGGAGAAAAAUCGGUAACAGUAAAGGUUGGGCCAAAAAAUUAAAACAAAUACUUUGUUCAUCAGGAAGUGCUGUGAUUUUUUUUUAAAGGAACUUUCAUCUUGCAUCCAUAUGCAUUAAUCUCUUAUCACAGAAGUCAAAUCCAAAUUUCAUAACCUGGAUGCUUAUGCCUCUAAGAAAUCUUUCAGUGUGAUAAACUAGCUUUAUACUCAAACAUAAUUUUUGUUCCCUUUGAAUCUCCGUAUGAUCUAGGUUUAAUUGCAGUGGAAAAAUAUCAAUUGGUUGUAGCACAUUGUUUUCCUAUGAAGAAUGCACACUAACAGGGCUUUAAAUGGGAGUAACAACGUUUGCUCCGACUGCUCCAAGCCAGUGCAUCUGGUUGGAGUUCAAGGGUAUGUCUACACUGCAGCGGGAAGUGAGCCUCCUAACCCAGACAGAAACACCUGCUGGAGCUAGUGUGCUAAAAAUAGCUGUAUGAACAUGUGGCUUCGGCGGUAGCUCGGGCUCUUAACCUUACCCUCUUCGUCUGAGCUUGGGUGGCCUGAGGCUCUAUCACAGCUGCAACAUCCACACUUAUUUUUAGCAUGCUAGCUCCAGCCGAGCUAGUGUGAAUCUGUCUGCCCGGACUGGCAGAUGUGCUCUCAGUUGCAGUGUGGACACAGACCUGCUGACUUCCCUGGGACUCCAUGUGGCAGCUCAUUGCAGAAUCAGAAUGAAUGUUCCAAUAAUUUAUAUUUAAAUUUGCUGUCCUUUGAUUUGUUUUGAAAUGUUUAAUUUUAUUGUAUUAAAAAACUAUGGCACGUGUUAACUUAAAUGGUUUUUAAAAUCAAUUCUUCUGUUAAGAAAAACAAGCACAUAUAGACCUGAACUGAUCUGGAGAUCCAUAAGCAGAAACUGAUGUUACUUACUUGGGCAUUUUUAUGGAGGGGUUUAUCAUGAUAAAUGUCUGUAUUGGAAAAUGUAGGCUUUUCUUCUUUAACUAGACGAACAGAUUACAGUAACAUAAGAGUUUAUUUCAAUUUAAAUUAAAAUGUACAUUUAUAAGGGUUUCUAUCUCUGAAUGUAAAUAUAAAACAUGUAAAAUGCUAGCUCUCCUACAGACCACUGCAAUGAGAACUGUAGUUUUUAUUUUAAGUAGAUUGAACUAUGGUGAUAACCAGGGUUCAAACUUGCCAUAAAUAGGUUUGAAGGUGUCAGUCCAGUCCUUUAUAGAUGCUUGUUCACCACCGUACAGUGAGGCACAUUUGGCAAUCUUGAGCUUGGGAAAUACCCAGAAUUAGAACAACAUUGAUUCUGCUGGAUGAACUAAACUAGUAGU